AUGGCUGAUUCCCGGGAGGAGCUGGUAGGAGAGAAUGAUCCAAACCAACCAGAAGACUUGGAUGCUAGCUGGGCAGCAGAGGAUAGGGUUGCUUCUGUUGCUCGUGACCUAGUACAUGUGUAUGACUCCGAUGAUGCAGAUACGGCGGACGACGAGUACCAUGAGGCAAGGGCCAAUUUACAAGCCUAUGGGGAGAUGAGGAAAAGGAAAGUUAAGGGAAGGGUUGAUUGUCAUGAGGAAGAGGUAGACCAAUUGGAUAAGUUUGAAGAGGAAUCUGAGGAUGAAAUGGAUGAGGAGAUUGAUCCUGAAGUCGAAAUUGGUUAUCCGUGA